CCCGUGCAUUAGCACGGGCACAAACUAGUUGAAAUAUUAUUUCAAAAUUCGGAUCUCUAGUAUGAUACGUGUUGGUCAGGUAGAUAGGUCCGGCCCAUUCCGGGUCCUUGCGACCAUGCCUAAUAUUAUUGUCCAGCCCCAAGUCACGCGUAUACCCGGGUACGAAGUCCAUGUUGGCAUGUUGCAUUCGGCACUUCGCAAGUUCUCAGGCAAAGUAGGCAUCAUCUACCUUCAGCAAUCAGACUGUAGUGUGGACUGUGGUUGCUUCUUAUGCUUUCUUCUGCAAAAGGGGACAUGAGGAGAUGAGACAUGAGAGGGUUCUCCAGUUUUGCUUCCAGGGCUUCUCCUGCUCUUAGAAACCUUACUGAAAAUCACCCAAAUCAAUUAAAACCAUUCAGAAAACAAAACCCUACAUCAAAUUCUCAGCAAAUUGAAGCUCAGAAAGUGGGAGGUAAGUGUUCACCCAAUUCUCAUUUCAACAAUUCCAGCUUUAGGUAUUCUUCUGAGCACAAAUUUCCCCCGAAAUCGAUUGAUCAUAAAACCCUGAAUCAAAUUUUGUUGAGAAAGGAUUGGCAUUUGUUGCUAAACCACGAAUUAAAGGCUGGGAGGGUGGUUCUAACCCUACAAUCUGUGGUUAGUAUUUUGCAAAAUCAAGAAAACCCAUUAUUUUCAAUCAGGUUUUAUGUCUGGGUUUUGAAUGCUAACCCAUUAUUUGAAAAGAAUCAGCGAAUUCGCAGUGUUCUGGCUAAUAACCUACACAGAAAAGGUCCGGUUUUGUUGAAUACUGAGUUGGUUGAGAAUAUUAGGAAUUCUGGGUAUGGAAUUACUGAAGAUUUUUUGUGUAUUUUGAUUGGAAGUUGGGGUAGAUUAGGCCUAGCUAAGUAUUGUGUCGAGAUUUUUGGACAAAUUUCAUUUCUUGGUCUUAGUCCUACUACUAGGUUAUAUAAUGCUGUACUUGAUGCUUUGAUAAAGUCCAAUUCGCUUGACUUGGCGUAUUUGAAGUUCCAGCAGAUGCCUUCUGAUUAUUGUAAACCGGAUAGGUUCACUUAUAAUAUCCUUAUUCACGGAGUUUGCAAGGCCGGCGUUGUUGAUGAAGCCCUUCGUUUAGUUAAACAGAUGGCGAGUUUGGGUUAUGCACCUAAUGUGUUUACAUAUACUAUACUAAUUGAUGGAUACUGUAAUGCCAAUAGGGCGAAUGAUGCCUUGCGGGUUUUGGAGACAAUGAGGGUUAGGAAAGUGGCUCCAAGUGAUGCCACAUAUAGGUCAUUGGUGCAUGGGGUGUUCCGCUGUCUUGGGAAGAACGAGGCGUUUGAACUGUUUCUUGGAUUUGUUGAGAGAGAACCAAUUUUGCCUAAAGUAUUUUGCGAUACUGUAUUGCACGGCCUCUCGAGUGACACUUUGGCCAGAGAGGCUGCUUUAUUUUUGCAAACGUGUAGGGAAAGAGGCUAUCUGCCUGAUACUUCUGUUUUUAACAUCACAAUAACCUGUUUGAUUAAGAAACUGAAUGUUGAGGAGACUUGUGAAAUAGUGAAUAGCUACUUGAAAUUAGGUUUAAGUCUAUCUUUGAAUACUUAUCUUACCCUAAUUGAAACUUUGUUCAAAGAGGGACAUGAGAGAGAAGGAAGUCAGUAUUUGAUGCAGAUGUAUCAAGCUGGAUUACUAUCAAAUGUGAACUCGUUCAACAUGGUAAUUGCUUGCUUGCUGAAAUCUAGGAUGACUGAAGAGGCACUAGAUAUGUUCUUAGGGAUGCAAGAAAGAGGCAUUACACCAAGUCUUGCUACUUUCAAUACAUUAAUUGAUGGGUAUUUUAAAGCUGGAAAAAUAGACAGGGCUAGUGAACUCUUGGUGAUGCUCUUACAACGUGGAUUUAAACCCGAUAUUUUCACUUUUAGUUCAGUAAUUGAUGGUCUUUGUCGGGUGAACAAGAUCAAGGAUGCAUUUGAUUGUUUUGCGGAAAUGAAGGAGUGGGGUGUUAGUCCUAAUACUGUGACUUACAACAUAUUGAUUCGCUCUAUGUGCAUUGUUGGGGAUAUUUCUCGGUCCAUGGCACUGUUUAGAAAGAUGAAAGCUGAUGGUAUUAGCCCAGAUGUUUAUUCAUUCAAUGCUUUGAUUCAAAGCUUUUGCAAAAUGAAUAAUAUUGGAAAGGCACAAAAUUUGCUUGUUUCCAUGCUUGCUUUAGGACUGGCUCCGGACAAUGUCACUUAUAGUACUCUGAUUAAGUCAAUGUGUGAUACUGGUAAAUCCCAUGACGCGAUGGAUAUUUUCCUGUCAAUGGAAGUUAAUGGGUGUGUUCCAGAUUCACAAACCUGUAAUUUAUUUGUUGAUACCCUUGUAAAAUUGGGCCAGUUCAAAGAAGCCCAAGAUGUUGCAAGUAGAUGCAACCAGUGGGGUAUAGCUGUGAAGUCUAUCUCACUUGUGUAAGUCUUGACUUUAUGAACUGUUUCGGCAUUUGAGCUGCCCUGCAGGGAGGUUUAGCCAUAAAGCUUAUGCAGUGUAUUCCCCAUUUAAUGCUGACUUGGCUGCAUCACAGAUGCGGAAAUGUUUGAAAAGACUGCUAGGUCUAGGAGACACUAGGCUUUGUGAUGUGGACUGUGUGCGUCCAACAGAUGUGGUCGAAACAGGUGAAGAUCAUUCUUUAAACAAACUUCAGGUGAAGAGCAUAUGGAGACUAUAGCUUCAGAGACUGAUGGGUGUGAGAAUAAUUAUUAUGCCUCUUGGUGGGAAAGUGACAGUCAUGACCAUGGGAAGAGUAUAUCAGGUGAAGAUGAUAAUAUGAUAUACGGGUUUAAGUAGACAUUGGUGGUUUUAAGGAUACAUUAUGAGACAUGGCUUCCUCUAAAGUGGAUGACUUAAUAGAUGCAUUCUGAGACAUGUCUAUAAGGAAGCAGAUGUACAUGGAAGAACUACGAAAUUAUCACUUCCUGCUGUAGACACAACACCGAUGGAAAAUGGAAGCUAGAGGGACUGUCAAGUGCAGUGCUGGUAUGAAUAUAAGUUUACCGUAAUAUGAUGGAAGAUUAUUCGUUAUCUAAAAUGAAAAGCCUUCAUGCUACCACAGAAGUUCGAUGUGAGAAGAUUAUUUAGGAUGGCUCAGCGGAUACGUUCGUAUACCCAUAUGACGGGCUUGAAAAUCUGGUUUUGACAAUAAUGAUCAUGAAAAAAUAAUUAAAUUACUUGAUUUUACAAUUUCUUAUCUUAUGUUCGAUUGUUCGAACAAGGCUCCUGUAUGUCUGCUUGGCUGUGCUGUAUAGGCUGUAUUUCUGGAGUAAAAGGAACUUUUCUGUUGUUGUACAUAGUUACAUUUGUACUUCCUCAUAAUUGAAUGAUAGGGCUCUGUUCUCCUCAACUUAUUUUUUCUGUUUGGAAAAUUAUUUAUGUCAAACUUAUAUAUUCAGCCUA